GGUGUGUUUAAUGUAUAGGAGAAGGUCAGGGGGCUUGUACGUGUGUCUUUUGAUGGUCUGAAGGCGACUCCCCCUCCUCUUCCUCCUCCUCCUCCUCCGCUCGCACAAAUUUAUAAAGAACAAAAAUCGCGCUGGGGAGGGGGUUGAUACGCUGAAGCUGAAAUCGAGAGGCGAACCCAGGAAAGAGGAGUAUUUUGUACACGGGACUUUCCCCUCCUUCGUCCCUAAAAGGAGGGGGAAAAGUCGGAUUUUUAAGGCGACGAAAAAGACGAGGAUUACUAAUAGGCGACAACGCCUAUUUUUGUGGAUAUAUAUUUUUUAAUUCGUAAAAAUAUGGCCGAGAACGUUCUGGAGUCUGGCCCGCCUUCAGCCAAGAGGCCUAAACUAUCCUCUCCGGCACUUUCUGCCUCCGCCAGCGAUGGAAACGACUUUGGUUCACUCUUUGACCUGGAGCAUGAUCUGCCGGAUGAGCUUAUCAGCUCCUCUGAGCUAGGUGUGUCGAAUGGUGGAGACCUUGGGCAGCUCCACACCAGUCUGGGUGGAGGUGGAGCAGCAGUCAGUGGACUUGGAGGGGUUAGCAAUGCCGGCCAAGAUGCAGCUGCUAAACAUAAACAACUCUCUGAGCUGCUCCGAUCAGGAGCACCACCUAUAGCAGUGCAACAGCAGCAAGGAGGAAGUCCAGCUGGGGCAUCUAUGGGGCUUAUGGGUAGCAUGAAGGCAUCUCCAGGUCCCCAGAACAUGGUGCCUCAGGGACAGCAGCACAUGUCCCCUCAGCAUUCCAACCUGAUUCAGCAGCAACAGAUGGCAGGGAUGGUUGGUGGCAUGAAUAGAACUAUGCUUGUACCUCAGAAAGGUAAUGGUCAGCAGACUGGGGCCCCUACAACUCAACAGCAAGGCAUGAUGGGAGGACAAAUGAUGAACGGGACUCCCAGAAUGGGCUACCCCAAUCCAAGCAUGGGCAGUAACAGUAACCUUCUGGCAGAGACCCUUCAACAGCAGGCAGCAGGGACCCAAGGUGGACUGAGAGCACAGCAGCCUGGAGCAUUAAACAAGAUGGGAAUGAUGGGUGGUGCAAACACCUAUGGAGGCCCUUAUAAUCCAAAUGCAGGUCAGAAUCUGACUGGUGGAGGGCUUGCACCACAACUCAUGAACAAACCAUCUUUACCUAACAGCUUGGCCCAAUUCAACAUGGAUAAAAAAUCUCCGCACAUGCCAGGCAUGCCAUCUAUGGCUGGACAGCAGUCAACAGCUGGUGGUGCUGGAGGGGCAGCAGGGAUGGUACCUAAUUCACAGGGAGGGCUUGGUCCAUCAACAGCCGCAUCAGUAGGAGCAGGAGUUCCUCCAACCGCGGACCCAGAAAAGCGCAAACUCAUACAACAGCAGCUGGUUCUCCUGCUUCAUGCCCACAAAUGCCAGCGGCGGGAGCAAGCUAAUGGGGAGAUUCGCCAGUGUAACCUGCCACACUGCCGCACUAUGAAGAACGUCCUCAACCACAUGACACACUGCCAGGCUGGCAAAUCCUGCCAGGUGGCACACUGUGCCUCAUCGCGACAGAUAAUCUCACAUUGGAAGAACUGUACGCGGCAUGACUGCCCUGUUUGUUUGCCACUGAAGAAUGCAGGCGAUAAGAGAAAUCAACAGUCCCUAUUAAACACCGGUAAUGUGGGUUUAGGCACUGCAUUGGGUACUGCCUCAGGUGGCCCACACAAUGCUCCCAGUCUUAACACUCCAGGUCAGAUAGACCCCAGCUCCAUUGAGAGAGCCUAUGCAGCUCUGGGACUCACUUACCAGGGUAACCAGGCAUCUGCUCAGCCUGCCCAACAAACACCUAGGCCACUUGGCACUAUGGGUGGGAACCCAAUGAGUGUGAAUGGGGCUGUUGGUGUCCAACCACAGAGUCAAUCAUCUAACCUUCUUCAAGAUCCUAUGCUGCAUGUCAACUUAAAUGCACAAAAUCUGUUGAAUGAUGGUAGUGGUGUGGGCAAUAUGGGCUCUAUGCCUGUGGCCACUCCAGCUGCUGCCGCUGGCAUGAGAAAGAGCUGGCAUGAAGACAUCACCCAGGACCUACGGAACCAUCUUGUUCACAAACUUGUCCAGGCCAUUUUUCCUACCCCAGAUCCAGCUGCACUGAAGGACCGGCGUAUGGAGAAUCUAGUGGCAUAUGCUCGUAAAGUAGAGGGGGACAUGUAUGAAUCUGCAAACAGCAGGGCAGAGUACUACCACUUGCUAGCAGAGAAGAUCUACAAGAUACAGAAGGAGCUGGAGGAGAAGCGUCGCAUGAGGUUGCAGAAACAGGGCAUGAUGCCCACUCAGCCUGGAAUGCCUCCUACUGGGAUGCCGCAAGGACCGCCUGGCAUGGGGCAGCAAGGACCACCAACAGGACUUCCUCCAAUUUUCUCUGCAGAUGGGCCUCUAUCUGAUCCAUUGAUGGUGCGGCCCACUGGACCAAACCAAAUUGUGAACAGGAUGCAGAACCCUGCUGGAAUGAACCCAUUUAAUCAAAUGCAGCCCAUGGGACAGAGAUCCACUCCUCCUCUUCCACUUAGUACGCCCCUCAACCAGAUGCCAAUGGGGCCUACAAGGAUGGCACCACCUAAUGUUGCACAAAUGCAAAAUCAGUAUCAUCCAUCUGGCCAGUUUCAAGUUUCAAGUCCAGUGGUUUCUAGUGGGCCGGUUGGUGUGACACAGCCCGGCCCUCAGGGUGGCAUGGCUCAGCAUACUCCAAUUAAGACACCACCAUCACUUCCAACCAAUAGUCCUUUAGCUCAGCCUGCCUCUGUUGGGGGAGUUGGUAGUGGGGUGUCUAUGGGAAAUCUAGGCCCUAAUAAUGGGGUUGGAGGGCCUCCAUCAUCCACCGCAUCCCAGUCGAUCAGUCUUUCCAAUUGUCCGGCAGUUCGGCAGAGCUCUCCCUCUCCAGCACGUAGCCGCACACCUACUCCACACCUCACACCACCUCCAAGCCUACCAGGUUCACAGACUCCACAGCCUCACACCCCCAGUUUGCCCCUCCUAAACCUGGGUGCCAGUCAGCAGCAGCUACCUCAGCCUGCUAGCAAUGAUAAAGCCAUGCAGCUACAGCAGCCAUUAGGAGGGGGUCCAUCAACACCAAACACUGCUCUUGUGUCUCAGCAUCCACCAACUCCACUAUCUCAGAAAGGCUCUCUGCCAGUAGAUGGCCAGGUUGCUACUCCUGCUUCUGUCAGCAGUUCUGAGGCAUCAUCCCAGAAGGUACCCUCCGAUGUUACUGCCACCCUUGAGCCAAAGGCAGAGCAUGAGGAAGAGGAGGAUGAGGCAGAUGAGGAACAGUCAAUGAUGGGAGGUAGAACUGGAAUCAAAGGAGAGAUAAAGAUUGAGGAAAAGCGUGAGAUAAAGAAGGAAGAGACAUCAAGUGAGAUAUGUAAAAGUAUUCCUAUGGAAACAUCUAUGGCAGCAGGGGAGGACAAAAAACCUGAACUGAAGUGUGAGCCUAAAGAGGAAGAUGUUGCUUCCGGCACUCCAGCUGUUGUACCUAAUAAAAAGAAAAUCUUCAAACCUGAGGAGUUGAGACAGGCCCUAAUGCCCACCCUGGAGUCUCUCUAUCGUCAGGACCCUGAGUCUCUCCCUUUCCGCCAGCCUGUGGAUCCAUCCCUUUUGGGAAUACCUGAUUAUUUUGACAUUGUAAAGAAUCCUAUGGACUUGUCAACUAUAAAACGCAAACUUGACACAGGCCAGUAUCAGGAGCCAUGGCAGUAUGUGGAUGACAUCUGGCUUAUGUUCAACAAUGCCUGGCUCUACAACCGCAAGACUUCCCGGGUGUACAAGUACUGCUCCAAACUAGCUGAAGUGUUCGAGCAAGAGAUAGACCCUGUCAUGCAAAGUCUUGGUUAUUGCUGUGGGAGAAAGUGGGAAUUCUCUCCUCAAACUCUGUGCUGCUAUGGCAAGCAGCUUUGCACUAUACCACGAGAUGCUGCUUACUUUAGUUACCAGAACAGUUCACCAAAAUAUGGACUUCUUGCUGACAGGUACCACUUCUGUGAGAAGUGCUUCAACGAGAUCCAGGGUGAAAGCGUGUCCCUAGGCGAUGACCCAUCCCAGCCGCAGACAUCAAUUAACAAGGACCAGUUUGAAAAGAAGAAGAAUGACACACUUGACCCUGAGUUAUUUGUGGAAUGUAUGGACUGUGGGCGUAAAAUGCAUCAGAUCUGUGUUCUGCACAAUGACACUAUUUGGCCUACAGGCUUUGUUUGUAGCGAAUGUCUGAAAAAGUCCAACAGAACCCGGAGAGAGAAUAAAUAUUGUGCUAAAAGGCUGCCCCAGACUAAACUGGGCAACUACUUAGAAGCUCGUGUUAAUGAAUUUCUGAAGCGUCAAAACCACCCAGAAUCUGGUGAAAUCACUGUUCGUGUUGUCCAUGUCUCCGAAAAGGUGGUAGAAGUCAAACCAGGAAUGAAAUCCAGAUUUGUAGACAGUGGUGAGAUGCCAGAGUCCUUCCCAUAUAAAUCAAAAGCUCUGUUUGCCUUUGAGGACAUUGACGGUGCAGAUGUCUGCUUUUUUGGCAUGCAUGUACAGGAAUACAGCUCAGAUUGUCCACACCCUAAUCAAAGACGGGUAUACAUAUCCUACUUGGACAGUGUUCACUUUUUUCAGCCACGGAGUUUAAGAACAGCAGUAUACCAUGAGAUUCUUAUUGGGUAUCUGGAGUAUGCCAAAAGAUUAGGGUUUACUACAGGCCAUAUUUGGGCUUGCCCUCCCAGUGAAGGAGAUGACUACAUCUUCCACUGCCACCCAGCAGACCAAAAGAUACCCAAACCUAAGCGAUUACAGGAGUGGUACAAGAAAAUGCUGGAUAAAGCUGUGUCAGAGCGCAUCAUACAUGAUUACAAGGACAUCUUCAAGCAAGCAACAGAGGAUCGUCUCACUAGUGCCAAAGAGUUGCCUUAUUUUGAGGGUGACUUCUGGCCCAAUGUGCUUGAAGAGAGCAUUAAGGAGUUGGAACAGGAGGAAGAGGAGAGAAAACGGGAGGAGAACAGUACUUCCAUUGAAAGUGUAGAUACUACAAAGGGUGACAGCAAGAACGCCAAGAAAAAGAACAAUAAAAAGACGAGCAAGAACAAGAGCAGUCUGAGCCGAGCCAACAAAAAGAAACCAGGGAUGCCAAAUGUUUCAAAUGAUCUAUCUCAAAAGCUUUAUGCCACCAUGGAAAAGCAUAAAGAGGUUUUCUUUGUCAUCCGGCUGAUGGCAUCCAAUUCCAAUGCUCUUCCACCAAUCAUGGACCCUGAUCCAUUAAUGGCAUGUGACCUGAUGGAUGGGCGAGAUGCUUUUCUUACACUGGCAAGGGACAAACACCUGGAGUUUUCAUCAUUGAGGCGGUCCAAAUGGAGUUCCAUGUGUAUGCUAGUAGAGCUGCACAACCAGAGCCAAGAUAGAUUUGUCUAUACAUGUAAUGAAUGCAAACACCAUGUUGAAACACGCUUCCACUGCACUGUAUGUGAGGAUUAUGACCUUUGCAUCACUUGCUACAAUAUAAAGGGUCAUGAGCACAAGAUGGAGAAGCUGGGCCUGGGUCUGGAUGAUGAGAGUAACAACCAAACUGCUGCAUCCAUGCAGAGUCCUGGUGACUCACGGCGUCUUAGUAUUCAGCGUUGCAUUCAGUCCCUUGUACAUGCUUGCCAGUGCCGCAAUGCCAACUGCUCACUUCCAUCCUGUCAGAAGAUGAAAAGAGUGGUCCAACACACCAAGGGCUGCAAGCGCAAAACCAAUGGAGGUUGCCCUAUUUGCAAGCAGCUUAUUGCACUUUGCUGUUACCAUGCUAAACACUGCCAAGAGAACAAGUGUCCUGUGCCUUUCUGCCUAAACAUCAAGCAGAAACUGCGUCAACAGCAGCUCCAACACCGGGUUCAGCAGGCGCAGAUGCUUCGGAGAAGGGUUGCUAGCAUGCAAAGAACAGGCCAACCACUUACUGUGGGAAAUGAAGGGUUGCCAUCACCCAGCAACAAUGGUACAACUGGCCCUGGGACCCCAACACAAAGUACUCAGUCUCCUGCCUUACAGCCACCCACUCAGCAAUGUCCAAAUUCUGUUCCCCAGCCUGGGGUUGCAGGUGGUCCUCAGCAGCAGCAGCAGCAACUUACAGGAAUUGUGCAGCAGCAUAUUCAAUUCCAGCAGCUACCUGGUGGUGGUGGUGGGAUGAUGAACUCUCCACAGCAACAGGUGGUUCAACAACAACAACAACCACCACCACCACUACAGCCACCCUCAGUACAGCAGCUUCAGCAUCCCAACAGCCUUCCUCCAUAUGUGCAGAGACCUCCAGGUUCCUCUACACUUUCUCAGUCUAUGGGGAAACCUGGAAUGGGCCCAGCCAGUCUGCCACAGCAACAACAUUCAGUCCCAGCUCAGUCAGCAUUUCCAUCACAGCAGUCCUCUGGUCCUCCACCUGCAGCCCUGGAAAUGGCCCUGAAGAUUCAGCGAGUGGCAGAAACUCAAAGGCAAUUGGCAAAACAGAAAAGCCUACAGAUGAAUCAAGGACCAGGGAUGAUGGCACCACACACAUUGCAUCAAGGCCAUCAGACCUCAAACCCAAUGGGUAUAAAUCAUCCUGGAGCAGGGAUGGUGGGGACCCAGGGAUUAAACCCCCAGGCACAAUCCAUUAUACCCAGGGUGCAAAUGGAGCAACAGCAAGGUGUUGUAGGAGCUGGCCUGCAGCAACAAGGAGGGCCUCAAAAUCAACUUUCUCCUCAGGUGCAAAUGCCACAAGCUUCACAGGGUGGGCCUCAACUCCAGCCUCCACAGCAGAGGGGAACCCCAGGCAUCAGCCCUCAGCAGCGACUUGGAAUGUUGAGUCAAAUGGGUCAUGCAGGAAUGGUUGCUGGGCAACAACCACAGCAGGCUGUGCAACAACAGCAGCAUCAGCUUCCCCAACAGGGUCAACCAGGAGUGAUGGGUAUGAUGGGUGGCCCAGGUGGAGCUACAAACCCAGGUACUGGCAGUGGAGGUCUCCUUCAGAGUGCCUUGCAAGACCUUCUUAGAAUUCUGCGUUCCCCCAGUUCCCCCCUUCAACAGCAACAGGUCCUGAAAAUAUUGCGUUCAAAUCCUCAACUUAUGGCAACGUUUGUUAAGCAGCGUGUGCCGAAAUACCUUGGAAGAGGUGGGCCUGGGGCUGGAGGUGCAGGCCCAGCAGGCAUGGAAAGCCCACAAAUAAAUGUAAAUACAGGGGGCAGUCAACCAGGUAUGCACUUGGGCCAAGGGACCGGGAUGCCCCCCACAAACGCUCUUCAGCAGCAGCAACAACUUCAGCAGCAGCAGCAACAACUUCAGCAGCAGCAGCAACAACUUCAGCAGCAGCAGCAACAACAACUUCAGCAGCAGCAGCAACAGCAACAACUUCAGCAGCAGCAGCAACAGCAGCAGCAACAACAACAACAACAACUUCAGCAGCAACAACAGCAGCAGCAACAACAACUUCAGCAGCAGCAGCAACAACAACUUCAGCAGCAGCAGCAACAACAACUUCAGCAGCAACAGCAACAACUUCAGCAACAACAACUUCAGCAGCGUUCACCUAUGGGUGUGAAUAUGCAGCAGCAACAUGGUGUUAUGCAAGGUCAAGGCUCAAACAUGGCAAGUAUGUCUCCCCAGUUCAAAGAAUUAAUGAGGAAACAUUUGCUGCAGCAGCAGCUGCAGCAGCAGCAGCAGCAGCAGAUGGGAAACCUCAGUCAUUUCCAACAUCCCCAAACACAACAGCAGCAAGGUUAUCUUGGCCAGCCUGGGAUGCUGCCACAGCAACCAGGUCAAGCUCAUGCUGGUGGGCUUCCGCAACAGCAAGGAGGACCGCAGGCUGGGCUGCAACAGAAUUAUUCUGGAUCUAUGUCUCCGCAGGUGGCAGCAGCUUUGCAACAGAGGUUGCAACAACAACAGCAGCAGCAGCAGCAAAAUGCCAUGGGUGGGUACCAAGGAAGUGAUGGUAGUUCACUUCAGCAGCAGCAACUACAGCCCCCUCAAGGUGGUUCUCAGUCUUCCCAGUCUCUUAUUCAGCAAGCACUGCACCAAAGGCUUCUCCAACAGCAACAGCAACAGCAACAGCAGCAGCAUCUAGGUGGUGGCUCUCCAGCUCAUCAUAAUAAUCCCAUGAGUCCUCAACAACCAAUAUCCCAGUCUCCACAUUUACAAGGCCAACAACUCUCCACUUCUCUCAGUAACCAAGUGCGGUCACCCCAGCCAUCACCGCGACCCCAGUCUCUACCACCGAACUCUAGUCCAUCUCCUCGCAUGCAACCCCAGCCUUCACCACACCGCAUCUCCCCCCAAACAGGCUCUCCACACCCUGGUCAUCAUCCCCCACAUCACACUGGCAUGGUAGCGCCUCCACAACAACCACAGCAGCCAACGCAACAGCAACAGACUAAUGCUUUGGACCAAUCCCCCUUUGUGUCUGACCAGAAUGCCAUGCUUUCGCAGCUUGGUGGAAUGGGGCCCCUGCAUGGGCAAGGAACUAAUGACAUGCUAGCUGGCAACAACCAAGACAUGGGGACAAAUAUUAAUCACGGCUCAUUAGAUUUAAUGUAGCAUUAGUCCUCAAAACACUUAACAGGAAUGGGUUGCAAUUUUUAAAUUUACUGUUGCCCUCAUUAGUGUUAUUAUUUAAUAUUUUUGAUGUAAAUGAAAAGACUACACCUUCCUAUGGGAGAUUACUACAUUAAAUGAGAAAAUUAAUAAAUUAAAUGAAUGGUAAGUUAUUGCUGUUAAUAUAUGCAUAUAUAUAUUUUUAGCCAAUUGUGUUCAAAGGGUUCUGGGUGAAAGGAUGGUAAAUAUUCCUCUUGGUAUUUGACAAGUACUAUUUUUGGGGAUGACUGCCUUUUUUAUAAAUAUUUUUUUAAGAUUUUAAAUGCAUAAAAUUAAAGAGAAAAAAGUGUUAAAACAUUUAAAUCUUUGUUGUUUUUCCCUCCAUACACAUUCGAUAUUGUGCCCAUUUUUGAAAGUGUUAACUACCAUCAGCAGUUGUUGUUGUUUUUCUUCGUUCUUGUGUUCAGAUAAAAACCCUACAGUGGCCCCCUACUGGACCACUAUUGGCAUGUUCUGCUUAAAGUGGCUACAAUUUUGUAAUCUGUGUAUUUCUAUUUCCAAGCAAGAAACUGAUAACUUUACAUGCGUGAAAAUCGCAGUCUCCUUCCCCCCCCCUCCCCCCUGCCCCGAUGACAGAUUGCAUGGGAUAAGUUUGUCAUUCGAUGCAUGUCAUGGUUUUCCAAAUACCAUAGACCCCGUCAUUUGAAUGUGUAUUACAUUUUCAUUUUGUGUUUUUUUUUUUUUUUUUUUAUAAAUGGAAUGGUACUAGAACUGCUGACACUACAUAUGUGCUAUAAUCAUAGGACAAAGUGCAGUAAUUUCUACCAUGAAUCUUAAACUCUGAUGAGGGAACUUUGAUUUUUCAAGAAAGCAAUCUUGACAGACUUGAUGUCCUUACUCCUCCUCUCUACAGGAAGGAACUAUUUUCCUGAUUCUUCGCUUUUUGAUGCUCAGACUUUUGGGAUUUUAAUUGUCUUUCCUACUGGCUAAAGAAAUUCUGGACUUCAGUACUUUUUUUUUUUUUUUUUUUUUUUUUUAAUAAAUUGUAAAUGGAACUGGA